CGUUCGCGAAAACGUCGGCACUUAAUUGACGGUUAGUCGAGUGAUGCACCGUGCAGUUCCGGCCCCCUACAGGAGGAACCAGCCGAAGAAAACACGGGGAUCGCGCGAGACGGGAGAACGCGUUGGUUAAACGAAAGGUAGAAGAAAACCGUCGACGCGGACCAAGGAGGAAAGCUGCGAAUCAAAAGACCCGCGUCGAUCGUUAACCACAGAAUGCACGCGCGCGUCUGAAAUCGUCGAAAGAGAAGUCCACAAGUCUUGAUGCAUCCCGGAAUAUCGCCGUGGAUGAUCGUCGAUGACAACGGAAUCGAGCUCGGACUUAUCGUCUUCUCUUUCGAGCAAGCCACCAAAGCGUUCUCCAAAGUGUCGCCGAGCGCUCGAACACCAAGAACGGUCCGGAACGGUGAUCAGAAUCGAAACAAUUGAUAGCCGAAGAUCAGUGAAACGAGAAACGAACCCUGGUAAGAGUGCGUCGGGAUUUAGAGUCGUUGAAUGGAGCUUCAAUUCAUCAUGGACGGCGGCGCAGAUGCUUUGAACGGGACGAUAUGGUUUCCCAACACUCCGUCGCCACCGUACGAGCAGCUGUCUCCAGUUCGUCAGAACAGAUGCGACCCCAUCGCUACUCAGCACGCGUCGAUGGGAUAUCACAGUCCACAAAAUUCUGUAUGGCAGGACAAGUACAACUCACCGAAGGACUCUCCGGAGGACAGCGUCCAGAUACGUUCGAACAGUGGCUCACCCGAACACCUCAGUCCAUCCUCAGACCACUCUCUCAGUUGCCAGCAAACUAGUCUGAAACGCAGAGCCGGGGAACCGUUGCAGCAAAUCACAGAACUCGAGAAGAAACAUCCCAGAAGAGAUGGGUCGGUCGGAAGUAACGGCUCGGGGCAAGGUUGGUCGACUCAAGUGGAAGAGCUGGCGGAACACCUGGCCGCCGAUUUCGAUGGAUCCCUAUCGGCAUUGGCUGCGUCCGACCUCGCCACUGCUGUCGCCUCCUACAACAUGAGCGAAGCCCUGCUCGCCCUGCCAUCGUUGACGGUAUUCAAGCAGGAAGCACCAUCGCCGGAAAAUCAACAAAAUUCCAAUUUGAACCACGUGUCACAGCGACCAAUCAAUUCGGCACCGGCGAACAAUGCGAACGGCCCUGUCGACUCCGACAGUAACAAUAACGGGCAAACGGCGGCCAGUCUCCAUCAGUUGUUGUACUCCUCCAACGAGGAGUAUCCGCCGACUUCGUCCUCGGGUAAUCAAGUGUCCUCCUCUCAGCACGUGAACGAGCUCAACGAAGAUUGCCGCUUCCAGUAUGUUCUCGCCGCGGCGACGAGCAUCGCGACGAAAGUCAACGAAGAAACGCUAACCUACCUGAACCAAGGCCAGUCGUACGAGAUUAAGCUGAAAAAAUUGGGCGACCUAUCCGCAUACCGGGGGAAGAUAUUAAAGGGACAUCCGACCUUUUUAUUUCAGUCCACAAUCCGCAUAUGCUUCCACGAGAGGCGGCUCCAGUACACGGAACGGGAACAGAUGCUUGCCUGGCAACGCGCGAGACCUGGUGAACGUCUACUAGAGGUCGACGUUCCUCUCAGUUAUGGGAUGGUGGACGUUUGUCAGCCAUCGCCGUCGAACAACAGCGUGGAAUUCAUGUGGGACCCCACCAAGGAAGUCGGCGUCUACAUAAAGGUAAAUUGCAUCAGCACCGAAUUCACGCCGAAAAAGCACGGUGGAGAGAAAGGCGUACCUUUCAGAAUCCAGGUAGAGACUCGUUUACCCGGUGGACCCCGCCUGCAUGCUGCGUCCUGCCAGGUAAAGGUGUUCAAGCUGAAGGGAGCGGAUCGCAAGCACAAACAGGACCGUGACAAAAUUUUGAGACGACCGCCGCACGAGCAGGACAAGUACCAGCCGAGCUACGACUGCACGGUUCUCUCCGACAUUUCUUUAGAGUCCCUAUCGCCGUCCAACCUGGUUGCGCAAAACGGAGGUAGUCCUUACACUCCAACGGAGGCAAUAUCACCCCAAUCUCGUUCAACCAUAAGCGGCAAUACCUCGCCAGUAGUCGCACCGUUGGCUCUUUCGGUUUCCAAUGCAGGUAUCGUGCCGCUAGUUCCAGUUUCGGACGCCGUGAAAGAAAACGUGGGAACAGCGCCCGCUUUGCCAUCGCCCGCAGCUAUUUUGCCGGAUCAGUCUUGCAUCGAAAGCGAAGGAUCACCGUGUCUGGCCCAAUUGUCACCGGACGCCAGUGCAGCUCAGAUGAGCACGUGGCUUCGCGCCGGCCGUUUCGGUGCCUUCGAGUCGACGUUCGCGAGCUUCUCGGCCUCGGAUAUUCUGCGACUCUCGAGGGACGACUUGAUUCAAAUCUGCGGCCUGGUCGAUGGGAUUCGAUUGUUCAACGCGUUGCACUCGAAAGCGCCCGGUCCGAAGCUCACUCUCUACUUCGCACUGGAAGACAACGGCUCGCUCUGGAGAGUGGCUUAUUUGGACAGCCUAACCAGCAGCGCCCUGAUGAACAAAUUACUGAACACUGUGAACUUGCCUCACGAACGACUGCAUUCUGUGCUCUUCCUCGGCCCUCAGGGUAUCCACGUUCUGGUCACCGACGAGUUGGUAGCGAAUAUGAAAGAUGAGAGUAUGUACUUCGUCGAAACCAUCAAAGAUAACGCGAGCGAGCGCUACAAACUUCUCCUAAAGCCCUCGUCGCGUUCCUAAAAGCAAACCGUGUGUAUCGACUAACCGCAAUUAACCAAUCGAUUGCGAAAUUGGGUUACAGAAUUCUCCCAUGAGUCUCACAUUGCCAAAUGUAUCUGUGAUUCGAAAGAAAGGAAAAAAAAAA